GCAGUCACAAAAAAGCCAUAAGAUAAAGCUUGUAGCAUCAUCAUUUCAUUUUUAUGGUAAAGCUCACAGUUGACAUUUUCCCCCUUGUAUAUUUAAGUGUAUCAGUCUUAUCCUUAUAUCUAGGCUAAAUGAUAUUUUUGAGCUAUUAAAGGGUUUUGACGUCUCUCAACAUCCCUAAACAAUCAUGACGGUUAUUAGUCAAAUAACCUAACUAUUGACCAUUUGAUGAACCUGUUUUAAGCCAUAUACAAUGAUUGUGCUCUAUUAUAGGCUACUGACUUUUAAUAACUUAAUCACCACUAAUCUUAUCAUUGAAAUCAUUAUAACCCACACCGAAUGCGUCACACCUAGUCUACCUAUCAGCUGCACGCCGCCUGUGAGCGCGCUCUGCCUAUUGUCUGUGAGGAGCAGGGCGUGUGCACCCAGAGCAGGAGAUGCGCGAGACACGAUGCAAGGAGCGGAAUGUAAUGAUGAUGGCGUUGGACCAAGAUGAUCUGCGCUCUCGUUUUCAUAUGACGGACAGCGCAUUUGUAGCCUGCAUGUGAAUGUGCGUAUUUUAUUUCACCGUUCAUUGCGUCCAUAUAUAACAUAGCAGAAUAUUAUAGACGUAAAGGCUUUAUCAUAACAAAAAAAAAAUGAUGAAGCGAAAUAGCCUAUUGCGACCACGCUCCAUGUCGAUUGGCAAAAAAUCAGAGGCGGUUAAGGUGGUGGUGCGGUGCCGCCCUUUAAACAAGAAGGAAGAGACGAUGAAUCAAGAAAGAAUUGUUGAAGUAGAUGUCAGACUGGGACAGGUGAGCGUGCGCAAUCCCAAAUCAUCCGGAAGCCUCGUAAAAACAUUCACUUUUGAUGCCGUCUAUGACGUGGGUUCAAAACAAACCGACUUGUAUGACUAUGCGUGCAAACCUCUAAUUGACUCUGUUUUGCUCGGGUUCAACGGGACUAUAUUUGCUUAUGGGCAAACUGGGACCGGCAAAACAUAUACAAUGGAAGGUGUGCCCACAAACCCUGAGACGAGGGGAGUCAUCCCAAAUUCAUUCCAGCAAAUUUUCACUCACAUAUCUAGAUCUCAGAACCAGCAGUAUCUCGUGAGAGUGUCUUACUUUGAAAUAUAUCAAGAGGAGAUACGAGACCUCCUCUGCAAGGACAACAAUAAAAAGCUGGAGAUCAAGGAGAAUUCAGAUAUGGGCGUCUAUGUCAAAAAUCUCUCGUCUGUGGUGACUAAGAACAUUAAGGAGAUUGAACAUGUCAUGAACUUGGGGAACCAAUCAAGAUCUGUCGGAUUCACCAAAAUGAAUGAGCGUAGCUCAAGAUCGCAUGCUAUUUUUGUCAUAACCAUUGAAUGCAGCGAAAUGGGCGUUGAUGGUGAGGACCACAUCCGUGUCGGAAAGUUAAACAUGGUGGAUCUUGCCGGCAGUGAGCGGCAAAGCAAAACAGGUGUGCAGGGACGAAGGUUUAAAGAGGCUACGAAGAUAAACUUGUCUCUUUCCGCUCUUGGAAAUGUUAUUUCGGCUUUGGUGGAUGAGAAGAGUACCCACGUUCCCUAUCGGGAUUCCAAACUCACCCGGCUGUUGCAGGACUCCCUCGGAGGCAACUCUAAAACCGUUAUGGUGGCCACCGUUGGACCAGCUUCGUGCCACUACGAUGAGACUCUCACCACAUUGAGGUACGCCAACAGAGCAAAGAACAUCAGGAACAAGCCAAAGAUCAACGAGGACCCCAAAGACGCCCUGCUCCGCGAGUUCCAAGAGGAAAUCGCCCGCCUAAAGGCGCAGCUCGAGGAACGAGGGAUGCUGGCCAAAGAAAAGAGGAGGAAGAGGAGAAACAGUAUGAGGAUGACGAGGAGUAUGAGUAGCGGAGAGGUGGAAACUCCGAGAGAUGGAGAGCUGGGGGUCGUUGAGACGGUUCAGGAGGAGAGUGUGGAGGAAUAUUGGUGGAAGCAGCAGAUGGCCAAUACCUCUGCCAAUUACAGGCCAGAUAUUAGCAGGAAACUUGGCAUGGUAGACGAGAAAGCAAAGACUGUGGAAGAGUUGCUGAAGGAGCAACAAGCUAUGGAAAUUAUGAUUGAAAAAUACAAGGCUAUGGAAAGUAAGCUUCUGGUUGGAGGGAAAAACAUCAUUGACCAUACCAAUGAACAGCAGAGAAUGCUGGAACUGAAGAGGCAGGAGAUUGCUGAGCAGGACAGAAAGGAAAGAGAGAUGCAGCAGCUGAUGUUUGAACAAGAUGAAGAGACGAUUGAACUGAAAGAGACGUUCUCCACUCUACAGCAAGAGGUGGAAUUUAAGACUAAGAAACUUAGAAAGUUUUACAGUAAGCUGCAGCUGGUGAGGUCUGAGAUUGGCGAUAUCAUCAACGAACAUGUCACAAUGAGGCAGGAACUGGAGCAGACAAUGAAUGAGCUGACAAGAGAGAUGAAAUUCAAAAAUCUGAUCAUUGACAACUUCAUUCCUCCAGAGGAAAAGAAUAAGAUCAUAAAUCGUCUCCACUUUGAUAGCGAGGAAGACCAGUGGAAAGUCUUACCUCUUCUCCCUUCAGAAAAUAACUCCCCUCUUGUUCGACGAAGGCCAACUUCUGUAGUGGGGUACAAGAGACCAAUUAGUCAAUACGCUCAAGUUGCUGUGGCAACUGGGUCUCCUUCUAGAUACAGGGCUGAGAACAUCAUGCUUCUGGAGCUGGACAUUUCUCCCCCCACCAUGGUGCCCUUGGACCUUCAGAGGUCAGAUAUAAGAACCCAAGACUUGAUACGUGACUUUGGCCAUUAUAGAAAGAAGGCGACUGCAUCACGGGUCAUGAAAGCUAGAUCGUGGUACCAAGGGCCAAGUCAUUCUGCUUCUUCAUCAGCCAGCUCUGUGGCCUCUGGGCCCCAAUGCCCAGCUUCAGUAAUGGGAGCUUGUGCCGCAACCUACCAACCAUGAGCCUGUACAGUGUGAUACGCCUGCAAGCAUAGAAAGCACUUAAAUUAUUCUUUGCACUGUUUUUAUGAGCUUUAAGCAAUGCCAUUUGUCUGUUUCAACAUCUUAAAGGGAUAGUUCAUCCCAAAAUGAAAAUUCUGUCAUUAAUUACUCACCUUCAUGUCGUUCAAAAGCCGUAAGACUUUCGUUCAUCUUCAGAACACAAAUUAAGAUAUUUUUGAUGAAAUCUGAGAGCUUUCUGUCCCUCCAUUGCUACGCAACUACCACUUUCAAGCUCCAGAAAGGUAGUAAAGAAAAAAUGUAAAGUAAUCCAGUGGUUUAACCUCAAUUCUAUGAAGCAACACGAGUGCUUUGUUUGCACACACAAAAAAAACAUAAUUUACCACUGUGUUUACAAAAUAUUAAUCUCCAACAUGCGUUCACAAGAGCACCACAACGCUUACGUGUUAUGUUGAUGCGAGAGCAGACAUUGUUGCAUUAACGCAUGUUGGAGAUUAAUAUUUUGUAAAUAAAGUGGUAAAUUAUGUUUUUUUUUUUUUGCAUGGCUGAGGCCAUGUUGGGCUGCUUUAGAGAAGAGGAAGAGUUGUUGUAGUAGAGUGUUGUUGUCAUGCCGUCAUUUUACACCGGAUUUCUUCACAAACGAGGGUCAAUUCAAUGCUGGAUUUGCACAAAAGAUUAACAUGACGGCACAUGCUAGUCGAUGAGUUGAAUCAACUCCACAGCAACUACAUAAAUUUAUCCACUAACCAUUCAGAAACGUCCAGUUUCAUUCUAAAAGUUGUAACUUCUUCCUGAGUCUCUCCAUCAGUGUCGACUCCGGUUUGAACAAUAUAAGGCUGAACACCGUUACUGACAAUCCUCAUUUUGGCUGCGUGAGAUUCUCCAGCUUUGUUGUUGUUGAGCAACCGAAACACAAGCUGUUAAAGCUCUGCCCUCUUCUAGAAAGGGGGCGGGAGCAGCAGCUCAUUUGCAUUUAAAGGGACACACAAAAACAGCGUGUUUUUGGUCACACCCAAAUAGGGGCAAAUUCGCAAACUUAAUUCGCAAAAAAGUUUUUACGCUCGCUUGAGGUGGUUUUUGACUACUGGGAGAUGAAAAUGCAUUUGCCAAAUAAAUUCAGAUGUAGCGAACAUUAAACCCACAUGACUAAUCUGCUGUUUCUGCUGAUGAUGUUUUAUUUACUGUUGGUUACUAGGUUACCAAUACGACCGUCAUCUGCUCGAACAACUUGAUGGAAACGCACCUAAUUCGCAUCUGUUUGUUUUUUUGCGAACUUUGAAAAGAUAUGCUUCACGGUUGCAUGGAAACCCAGCUUAUGAUGUCUUUGCUACCUUUCUGGGGCUUGAAAAUGGUAGGUGCAUAGACUGUCAAUGGAGGGUCAGAAAGCUCUCAGAUUUCAUUAAAAAGAUCUUCAUUUGUGUUCCGAAGAUGAACGAAAGUCUUACGGGUGUGGAACGACGUGAGGGUGAGUAAUUAAUGACAGAAUUUUCUUUUUUUUUUUUAAUGAACUCUCCCUUUAAAUUUUUUUUAGCAUCAAAGCUUAGUCAUUUUAAGCACAAUUGUCUCCUGUAUACUUGAAAAAAGGCUAGUGUAUCCUGUUUAAGCUUGUGAUGUCAUUCUUGAACAGAGAAGCAAACAAUAAAUGUAUCAUAAACAAAUGAUCUCUCAAUAUUUACCACAUAAGUUUAGAUUAGUAUAGCUUAGAAUUAGCUGAUGUUUUAUAGCAUGAAGACAUACAGAAAUAAGUAGAAAUGCAAUCCUGAACUGUACAAACCAAACCAUGACUCCAUAUAAACAGCGGCUGAAGCGCAAGCACAUUGAAAUGAAAUAAAUAAAAAUGUAAUGUAAGUGUAAUGUAACAGAAAUAAAAGAAAAGCACAAAAGGG